GUCAACCACUGGGAGGAUCAACUUCAGCUGCAGUUUAAAAUGCGCUUUUCUCCGCAGUGCAGCCACAGAGGAGCUGCUGAAGGCAACAUGCAUUGAGGUAAAAUCGGAUAGAAAGCAGAAAUGGCUCUGGAGAUUGUAGCCAACGCCGUGGCUGCUCUCGGCGGCCUCGUUACUGGAGUUAUGAACUUUUUCACUGACAUGUUUCUGACGCCGCCGCUGAAAGCGACUCUCAAACAUUUGGAGGAGACUGAACUGCAAACCCUGACAGGAGAAAAGAGGAUCCUGAAAGCGAAAUCUCUGUGGCAGGGCUCCGGAGCUGUGAUCAUGGCAGUGCGGAGACCUGGAUGAUUUCUGUGCAGAGAGGAGGCUGCAGGGCUGUCCUCUCUGAAGCCCCAGCUGGAUGAGCUGGGGGUCCCUCUGUACGCUGUGGUGAAGGAGGACGUCGGCACCGAGGUCCAGAACUUCAGACCGUACUUCAAGGGGGAGAUCUUCUUGGAUGAAAAGAGGCGUUUUUAUGGGCCCCGUGAGAGGAAGAUGGGCCUGCUGGCGUUCCUGCGUGUCGGGGUGUGGAUGAACGGCCUGCGGGCCUUUAAGAAUGGCUUCAUGGGAAACGUUCUGGGGGAGGGCUUCGUCCUCGGUGGGGUCUUCGUCAUUGGGCAAGGAGAGCAGGGAAUUCUUCUGGAGCACAGAGAGGUCGAGUUUGGAGAUAAAGUCAAUACUGAAGAUGUGAUCCGAGCUGCCAGAAGAAUUUCACAAGAACUUUUGCCUUUGGAGAGGAAAUAAUGCUUUGUAUUAUUAUAACCUCAUAUCUUUAAAACGCACAGGAAGUUCAGAACCAUAUAAAUGACCUCCAGCUACAAGAACCAUCAUAUAAACUGAAACAUUUUAAAGUUUGUAAAGUGUUCAUUAGAUCUGGGAGUUUGUUGGUGAAACCAGGGUGCAUGCUGUGUGACGGUGUAAUGAGACGGAGUGUAUUCAUGAUGGUCUGUCUUUAAACUCACCAGAGCAAGCAGACCUGAUACUAACACUUAGUUUUCUCUAUUACUCUGUAAUACUGUUGUGUUAUCUCGGGGGCCAAGAAACCUUUAACCAAUAAAACACAGCUUUGUGCUCGACA